GUGAAGAUAAAACGACAAAAUCACCCCUGCCCUGCCCUGGAUCUAUCUAUUUUUUUCUUUUCAAAUACAACAAGCACCAGAAAAUAGAGAGAGACCCCUCUUCUCCCUUCACUCAGUGUAGUCCCUCUCUAAUUAUUAUUAUCCCGAGGAGGACAAGGCCAGAAACGUUUUGGCUGUUUUUUAGUUGGAUAAGACCGGUGACGGAGCGCCGGCGGUUCAAGUGGCGUAGCGCAUCUCGUUCUUGAACUGGGUUUCGCAUUAUUGCACUCAAGCUUGGUGCGAAUGGUGGGUUCCGCGCUUUUUAGCAGCAGCCGCAGGAGGAGGAAACACCCACUCGCAUUACCUCUGCUCUUCCUCUCUCUCUGCGCUUCUCUCUCUUUCUCCUCCCGCCUCCCAGCCUCCCGGCGUGAGCUUCAUGUACAUAACCACUUGAAAAGGCUAAACAAAUCUCCCGUCAAAAGCAUUGAGAGUCCGGAUGGGGAUAUCAUUGAUUGUGUGCACAUCUCCAAACAGCCUGCUUUUGACCACCCUUUUCUCAAAGACCACAAGAUCCAGAUGAGGCCAGACUACCACCCAGAAGGCCUCUAUGAUUUGGAGAAGGAAUCUUUUGUUGGGACAAAACAAGGAACAAAUCCAAUAACUCAGCUAUGGCACACGAAUGGACAUUGUCCUGAGGACACAAUCCCUAUAAGGAGGACAAAGAGAGAGGAUGUAGCAAGGGCAAGUUCUGUAAAGAAAUAUGGGAAGAAGAAGCACAAGAGCUAUCCUAAGCCCAGCGGUACAGAUCCUGGCAUUGUCACUGAAAGUGGUCAUCAGCAUGCAAUAGGUUAUGUACAGGGGGAGAGGUAUUAUGGAGCAAAGGCGAUCAUUAAUGUUUGGGAACCCAAAAUACAGCAGUCUAAUGAGUUCAGCUUAUCCCAGAUCUGGGUUCUUGGUGGUUCUUUUGGACAAGACCUUAACAGCAUUGAGGCUGGUUGGCAGGUCAGCCCAGAUUUGUAUGGUGACAAUAACACACGGCUGUUCACUUACUGGACAAGUGACGCAUACCAAGCCACAGGUUGUUACAACCUUCUCUGCUCGGGAUUCAUUCAGGUCAACAGUCAAAUAGCAAUGGGUGCAAGCAUCUCUCCUGUUUCUGCAUAUCGAAAUUCACAGUAUGAUAUCAAUAUUCUUAUCUGGAAGGAUCCGAGUCAAGGAAAUUGGUGGAUGCAGUUUGGGAGUGACACAGUUCUUGGAUACUGGCCAUCCUUCUUAUUCUCAUACUUGGCUGACAGUGCGAGCAUGAUCGAAUGGGGUGGGGAGGUGGUGAACACGCAGCCUGACGGCUUGCACACCUCAACCCAAAUGGGCAGCGGCCAUUUCCCAGAAGAAGGAUUCGGGAAGGCGGGGUAUUUUCGGAACAUCCAAAUAGUUGACAGUUCAAACAACCUCAAGUCACCCAAAAGCCUUGGCACCUUCACUGAGCAGUCAAACUGCUAUGAUGUCCAGACAGGCAAGAAUGAGGACUGGGGUCACUAUUUCUAUUUUGGAGGCCCUGGUAGGAACUCUAACUGUCCAUGAGAGUUGAAAAAGUCUAGCCCCCCAUUACUUCCAAUCUGUAUCAUUAAAUGUAAUCUAAUUUUUUCUUUUCUCUGAGGAUUUUAGGCAUCAGUUAGUUGUAAGUGUGAACGUAUGUUUAUAUAAUAUAUGUUCUCUUAGAGAGUUAGAGUGUUAUGUUUUUUCAUCCUUUAACUCUUUGAGUCUUUGGUUGUUUCAAAGGUGUUUCUCCAUGUACUGUGAGGCCUAAAUUGGCCUAAAAUGGGUAAAAGACACCUUUAUGUUUGUAAUCUUAUGGUGCCUCGAAUAUACUUCGUAAUGUUCGUAUAAGCUAGCCAUAAUAAUGUAUUACUCGCAUAUCUAUUCUAUUUAUCUAUAAGAAAAGAAAUAG